AUGUUUUCUUUGGACGGCUUCUUCUCCGAACUUUCUCGGUGUACUAGUUUGCUUCAAUCCAUAGUUCCAAGUGUUUGUGAUGUUGGACGGCUUGAUAAUACUCCCAAUUUUACUUCCGAAUAUCUGGAGUCGGAAGAAGUUUACGCAGGACUACCUACUGUUUUCAACUCUAAAUGCAUCAAAAAACAUCUUGAAGACUGUUUAAAGGCAUUGGAAGGUACGCCAAAACAUCCUGACCAAUCGGUCCGUCAACUGUUAACGCGAGUCGAACUACUUGGAAUUCUUGCUUCCUGUCAGAAUCUUUUCGAAUUGGAAUCGUCAAUAUGGAAAGUAAUGUUUACAAUCAGCGACAACUCUGGACGAUUUUUGGAUGCUUCUUAUGCUUUGACAAACUACUGUCUUUCAAAAAUUUUUUCAUAUGAACAAAAUGCUUCGGUUUAUGAUGCCCUGAAUUCGAUUCGUACCGAGGUUCUUUCAGUUCUUAACAACAGUAAUGAAAUCUUUGAGUCCACACAUGAAGCUUGUUUGACAGGCCGACUCCCCACUCCACAUGCACAUUUCCAGUCGAUGGUUGUAUCCCUUGGAAGAGCCUACAUAGAACACUAUUUCAACUGGCCUGCUUUUUCUGCAAACCUGGAUCUUAUUCGACUGCAGUAUAAAGAGUUCUUUGAGGGAAAGUCGUGGGCCGUUGUCUGUGCUCGUGGCUACUUCUACUGGCUGCAUCUUCAUGCUCGCUGCAUAUUUGGUGCUAACUUUGAGUUGGUCAAUACACCUCUUCAGUCAGACAGUCACGAUACGUUCCCUCCACCGCCCGCAUCUCCUCUGCAUGCUGCAGUUAUUGUUCGUAUGCAUGGUCAAACACUGGUGAAAUUUAUGCGCUUGUGUUGUGAGCAGAAAUUACAGAAUCGUUCCUGUUCAAAACAGCAAGUUAAGGUCGGCAUUGGAAAAGAAAAUAAAGAUCCGUCUGUUGGUCCCAAAAAUUUGAAAAAGUUUGUUGAACCAAAGUCAGUACCUUCAGAACUCAAAUUAUCUACCGCUGCUUGGUCUUCUGUUUCAUUAACAGAUAAUGAAUUACUUAAUCUAUGGUUGGGGACGCGACUACUUUUAUACGGUUGCCAUCAAACUGCCGAGAUAUAUACGCUUUUAGGUACUGUAAGAGAAGCCCGUGUGUAUCAAAAUGAGUUAUUAUGCGUUGGCCAACGUUUUCACCUAUGCAGUUAUACACAAAUUGCUCUCAACUUAAUGGCACAUUUAGAUAUGUUUGCUCAACGUCAAUGGGCUUUUGAAUUACGUCUUCGACAGCUAAAUCAUAUUGCAACCUGUCAAGUGUCUCUUGAGGAAAUAGUCACUAAAAGAUCUAAACAAAAUUCACAAGCAAAUUCGAAUUCAAAAGCUACCACGGAAAUCGAUGAAUCUGCUUUUAUUCAUUCUAAAACAUUUCCCAAUCAAUCUCUCUACAAUGGUCUUCGUGACAAUCAGUUGGUGAGAGAUACGACGGUAGUAAAUUCUUUGUCAAACGACUCAUUUUCUGACGGUUCUAAUCCUCUUUUGUCCGGCUACAAUAGACCAUUCAGUUCAAUUUUUUCUAGUAGUCCAACACGACGUACAUAUUUUAGUAACAAAAGUGAAGCUGAUGAUGCUUAUCCAAGUGCUACCCAAAUUGCUUCAGCGAUUGCCGGAAAACGACUUACCUCAGAAUGGUAUAAGUGGUACAGUAAAGGAUUCUAUAUACCUCACACUGUUGAUUUCGCCUUUGAGUCGGUAAGCAAGUCCUUUCUGAGUGUUGGUGGAUUACCUAUAGGAACCUGUGUUUGUUUAAUCCUUAAUGGGGUUCCCUGGCCUUGGUUGUUUAACUUGACUCAGGUAGUUCGAAGUGAACUGUUACCAUUUCCUCAUUUCUUACCUGCUUUGUACACUGUUCCAUCGGCGCAUGUCAAAGCAGCUGUAAAAACUCGUAAUCAUGGAGAGUCUAAUAAAAAUAAAGAUCUCAUAGAAGCCUUUUCAUUGCUCACUAUCACUCCUACAGACAAGUCAUCAGAAACGUGGAAUAAUAAGAUUGAAAAAUCGUCAUCACCUCAACUUCAGUUAAAGAAAGAUUUUCAUACUGGCAAACAGUUACCACCUCCUGUACCUAAACCAAAUGCUCCCCGUCGUCCAGCAGAUAACCGAAACAAAACUAGUUCAAAUAUUUCGCCACACAACAGAAGUCGCUAUCAAUCAUCCCAUAAUCAUGAAGCAGACAAUGAAAUAUUGAUACAAUUGCUUGGUUAUACCUUUCGAAAGCCAGCUGAUUCUCAACCUCUGGAAAUAUAUUAUGACCAUUUGUCCAAAAAUAAAAAUGUUUUGAGGAAAAGAGAAAACAAAAAUAAAGGCUCGGGCAAAAACCAUACCAUAUUUCUAGACCCAGUGGAAUCAUGUUCUACCUUAAUUGAUGCUCCUUUGCGUCCACGUAGCGUCAGGUUAGCGUCUAAAUGGGCUGCUAAUCAAAUCAAGACGAAAUUGGUCAAUACAUUAUGUGAAGAAAAUCCUCUUUUAUCGGAGAAUACAGAUCAGAUGAUUCAGAUUUCUAAUAAUAUGGCUACACGUUUGUAUGGUGCUUAUCAGCAACUAUCUAGCUUUCCAGUCCCAAAUUUAUUACGUCCUAUAUGCCAAUGGUUGGGUAUUUAUUGGUUAGGAAAAGGUGAUCAACUACAAGCGGGAAGAUUUUUAUCUCAAGCUAUCGGUAUUGGACCCACAACCUUGUACUUGUCUAUCUUAAGCUCUCGGAUAAUUCAUUUGAAGUCAUCUGAUUCUCAAGAUUCUGAUCGCAACAAAAAAUAUAACUGGUUCCCUAUUUUGAAUCAAGUGAUGACUGUUUGUGCUCCUAAUAAUUUUCUAAUGAAAAAUGUUAUUCAGAUGCCUACUUCUGACGAUAACAGUUCACUUACAAUUCGAGUUAUUCAACUCUGUCUUGUUGAUGAACUCAGUUGCAAGUCUUCUAAUUUAAUUGAUAGAAGUGAUGAUAUUUACCAUCACACUAUUUCUCCAUAUGGACUCGGUGCUCGUUCCGGAGGUUACUUACUAGUAUCGCGUUAUAUAGGUGUUUCUGGUCAAUCUUUAAAAACAUUUGAAGUGGAGACACGUGUUAUGCAUGGAUUCACUCAUUCUGGUUUUAAAUAUAUGGAUAGUUUUGAUGAAAUUCAGACGGAGAGUCUUGAUUCAAUGGCUAUUGAAGAUCGUGCUAAUUACUGGCGUACACGUUAUAACUUGAAUGAACGACUAGAAAAUUUACUUACUGAAAUACGUCGUGAAUGGUUUACUAAAGAUGAUCUGGAUUGGUUAUUCAGUCGAGACAAAUAUUGUCGUAAUAAUGAAAUCAAAAAUGACUAUAGCCCUCCUUCUGUAGUUAUUAUUCCGGAUCGACGACUAGUUUAUUUACCUUGGGAAUGGAUACUAUGGGAUCGUAAUCCAGCUUCAUGUAUCCCAACAAUGACUCGCAGCUUCAGCUUACCUUUAGUUGUUGGUCACUUGGCAACUCAGUAUAUGCCUUGUCAGAAUAUCGUGGCUAACAUUUCUCCCAAUGAUGAGCAUAUGAAAUUAUGUUCUUUUAAUCCUGAGCGUGCAUUUUAUGUCCUUAACCCAGAAUCCAACCUACCCUCUACUCAACAAACCUUUGAGCCGUUAUUCCGCAACCUAUCCAGUUGGACGGGUGUCAUUGGAAGGAUUCCAACUAUAGAGGAGGUGAACAAUGGUUUCACAAAUCAUGAUCUUCUAAUAUUUUUGGGUCAUGGGAACGGUUCACAAUUUCUACUACACACUUUUAAUCAAGGUCUCAAUGCACGCUCCGUUGCCUUGAUUCUUGGCUGUAGUUCCGGUAAACCUCGUAGUGUUGGACGACAUGAACCUUAUACUUCAAUAUUUAAUCAUCUUAUUGCUGGAUGUCCCUUCGUUUGUGGGUUGUUAUGGGAUGUUACUGAUCGAGACGUUGAUAGAUUUACUUUGAAAUUCCUGACUAAUUGGCUGGGAAAAGAUGGUUCUGAUGAUGGACAUGAUCCAAAACCACGAGGAACUUUAGGACAGUCUAUUUUUAACGCAACAUCUGCUUGUAAACUAAAGCAUCUUGUUGGAAAAUCAGUCAUUGUUUAUGGGAUCCCGACUGAACCUAAAAGAAGAUCACUUCUGGAAUUUCCGUCCUCACUUGUUAAAACAUGAAUUGGACUUCUUACAAUUUGACGUAUUAUCUUGAAUUGUGUAGAUUAAUUCUAGUGAACGUUCUGCUCCGUUUAUGUAUAGUCCUCCAAUUUUGUACCUUUU